CCAUGGAAGUGCCCAAAUGGCGUUCCUAUUAGAAAAGAAUCCUCUUUGGAAGUCAGACAGGUGGCCCGUCUCUGCACCAAUCCCAGAGAUCUCUGGCUUUUCCCGGAACCAAGGAAGCACUCAGGACGCGGCAGCUGUCAUUACCAACAAAUCGUGCUCACAUGGACGCACCCACUGUUGAUGAGAAAGCGUAAACCCAGAGGCACUGGGGACUGAAGACGGGAGGCAGGUAACUUCUGAAGUAUGGCUAACCACAGUAAUUCCUCCUGCAAUCCUUUACCGACAGCUUCUUUAACUGGGCUCUACUGCGUGGUGCUCAUUGGAGGACUGGUGGGCAUCAUCUCCAUUUUGUUCUUACUGGUGAAAAUGAACACCCGGUCUGUGACCACCACAGCAGUCAUUAACCUGGUAGUGAUCCACAGUGUUUUUCUGCUGACAGUGCCUUUUCGCUUGAUCUAUCUCAUUGAGAACACUUGGGGAUUUGGAUUGCCCUUCUGCAAAUUUGUGAGUGCCAUGCUGCACAUCCACAUGUACCUCACAUUCCUGUUCUACGUGGUGAUCCUGGUCAUUAGGUACCUCAUCUUCUUCAAGCGCAAGGACAAAGUGGAAUUCUACAGAAAACUGCAUGCUGUGGCUGCCAGUACUGGCUUGUGGCUUCUGGUGAUUGUCAUUGUGGUGCCCCUGAUUUUUUCUCAUUAUGGAACUUCUGAGACGUAUAAUGAGGAAGACUGUUUUAGAUUCCACAAAGAACUUAACCAUGUAUAUGCGCAAGUGGUCAACUAUAUGAUAGUCACUAUUGUCAUAGCUAUUGCAGUGAUUCUCUUGGUCUUCCAGAUCUUCAUCAUUGUGUCAAUGGUGCGGAAGCUACGCCACUCCUUACUAUCCCACCAGGAGUUCUGGGCCCAGUUGAAAAACCUAUUUUUUAUAGGGGUCAUUUUUGUUUGCUUCCUUCCCUACCAUUUCUUUAGAAUCUAUUAUUUGCAUGUUGUGGCACACUCAGGUGAAUGUAUCAACAGUGUUGCAUCCUAUAAUGAAAUCUUCUUGAGUGUAACAGCAAUUAGCUGCUUUGAUUUGCUGCUCUUUGUUCUUGGGGGAAGCCAUUGGUUUAAGCAAAAGAUAAUUGAUCUAUGGAACUGCCUUUUGUGCCAUUAGCUAUAGACUACAGUACUCAGAAUUACUUCCUUCAAAUUGAGAGUGAAAAUGGGCGCAGGGAGGUAGGAAUUUCAUUACUUGGUUAAAACCAUUCCUUGAUGCAGCCAACAAGAAGCACUAUAAAAUGUCAGAGCAUUCAUUCCAGUCCUUAUUUAAUCCCUACCGUCUCUAAAUGAUUCCCUUAUGAAGACUAGUGAUGUUUAAUCCAGCUGUAGUUACAAUAUGGCAUUAUUUUCCAACACAAAAUGUCUACUUGGCCCAUCUGGGCACCAUGGGUCUAAUGAUUUCUGAAUUUUUCUAGCUUAUUUUAGUUUCUUCAAUUUGAACCAUGGUAUUUUCGUAAGUCUUGGACUGGAUUCAGCCCUCUGGUUGUUUUCAUCCCACUUAACCUUAGGUGCAUUAAUCCUGACCAUGAUUGGACUCCAAAGACAAAAACUACUUGGCUAACCAGGUAAGAUGCCCAUUCAACUCACAUUCUGACAAAAAACAGAUAAGAGGGGAAAAUAGUAAGAAACUUUUCUAGAUCAUCGUAACUUUGGUGCAAGGUCACUUACCUAGAAAUCAAGAGAAGCAGAAGUCCUCAUGGCUUUCUGCUAUAACAAGGUUACCUAGGUUUGUCCUUUGAAAGAUCAAGUUCAAGGACACUGGAUCAGCUCCCUCAGUAUCUCCAAAAUCAUUUAAAAGCCUACUGAACACAUCUAAAUAAUGGUGAAACCAUAACUUAGGGACUAUUCCUGACCAAUAUGCUACUAGAAAUUAAAAUGAGUUUCCAAGGAAAGGGAUUAAUUUGUUUUCAUUUUCUGUGUUUUGAAGAGUUGCUAGAUGUCUUGGGACACAGUUAAUUUAAAUUUUCCUUAAAGAAAGUUAUACUGAAAUCUUUAAAGUUCCCUUCCAUGCUUAAAGUUAUUUGUCUUCAAAUAAAUGAAAACAAUAUUCUUAAAAAAAUAGUUUUUGAGAAAUACACAGAAAAACCAUUGAGAUUAGGCUACUAAGUUGAUAUAUAGACUUGUGGGUCUUUUUCCCUCCUGCCCGUAUUUCUAUUUCCCUCCAAGUUUUAUAAUCUUGAAACUUUCCAAGGAACUGAUCCAGUUUCAUAUUUAAUUCUUCAGAGAACCUGAAGAAAUUCAUGGUGGGAAUACAAGAACCAAGUGAAUUAAGAUAACUCUUUUUUUUUUCCCAGCAAGGUAAAUGUUCAGGAUUUAAAGACUUUUUCUUAAUUUGUUAUACUCUAUGGAUCCACAAAUUCAUUGGAUGAAUAAGAAAUAUCCCUGUGAGUUUCUAUGAUCAUUAAAAUUACCGAGUCAUAGAAAUUAAUUUUGAGAAAGAAAAAGCAGCAACAUACUGCAUACAUGAUUUGUUCCCAAAUUUUUUCCUGUUCUAAAUUUUCUUUUAUCAGACUUUUUUAUUUUUAAAGUUACAUUUCUUUUAUUUCCAGUCUUUUUUCCCCAUUUUUUCUUAGUUUUUCUUUUUCACUUUGACCCAUAAUAUUUGUAAGAAAAUUUCAGACUCAUAAAAGUUUUAAGAAAAUUUGUAACACCUGUAAAAUGUGUAAGAAAAUUGUUAUAGUAAAAUAUUUAAAAAAUUAUUUUUGGAAAUUACAUCAUAUUUCUCUUCUUAUCUAUCUGUGUCUUACUAUCAUAGUAUCUGUUGGCUUGUAGAUUACAUUACAAUCUCUCCCAGAUUUUAAAUAUGUUGAGACCAGGUAAUUGUGCUUUUCUCUGUAUUGUUAUAUAUUAUAAUAAAAGGUAUAUUUCUGCGGAUCUGUAAGAAAUAUUGCCCCAAUUAUAGAAAUGCAAUA